AUGGCAACAUAUGCAAAACGACGCAAUGGAGGUGGUGGUGGUACAUUCAAACGAGCUCGAUUAUCAUCAUCAUCAAAUACCACCAACAAUAACAAUAACAAUAACAAUAACAACAAAUUUUCAACAUCAAUUACUACUCGGUCAAUUCAACAGAAUAAUAAUAAUAAUAAUAAUAAUAAUAAUAAUAAUAAAAAUGGUCGAAAUCAAAUAAUAAAUGAUUUUUUGGAUAUUUAUAAUUUUCAACAAUCAGAUUCAAAAUCAAUUGAAAAUAUAAAUAUUAAUGAUCAAUUAAAUUUAUUUGAAUUAUUUGAUAAUAAUGAUAAAUCAACAUCAACAUCAACAUCAAAGAAUGUGAAUGUGAAUGGUAAUGAUAUUAUUAAUGUUAAUAAAAAGAAAAUGAUUCCAAAAUCAAAAUCAAAAUCAUCAUCUAAACCUAAAUCAAGGUCAAAAUCAAGGUCAAACAAUACAUUGAAACUGAAAAUUAAACAAACUUCUAAUAUUAACCAAACUUCUAAUAAUAAUCCUUGUGUUUGUCUUUGUCCUUGUCCUUGGGAUGAAUUAUUAAAUAAUUUAGAAGAAUCAUCGAUUUAUUUACCCAAAAUUUCUUUAAUUGAUGAAAAUGAAAAUGAAAAUGAAAUUGAAAAUAAAUCAGAUAAUGAUAAUGAUUUACAAGGAGAACAUAUAAUUUCUACUAAUAUUAUAAAUUUACCUAAUUUAAAUUUUGAUAAUGAACCAAUUGAACAAGAUAUAGGAAAGAAGUAUCAUCAUCAACAUCAACAACAACAUCAACAACAACAACAACAAUUAAUUCAACCCAGUUCCUCAUUAUCAUCAUCAUCAUCAACAACAAAUACAGCAACAACAAAUACAACAACAAAUACAAUAUCAUUGAAACCUAAUAAAACAUAUGCACAAGAUAGAAGUUAUUUAAUUCUUGAUCAAUCAUAUAUUGAUAUAAAACAAGAAUUAGGUGAAUCUAUAAGUAGACAAUAUGAUUUUGAUAAAGACAUCAUACAAGAAGAAGAUGACAAUAAUAAUAAUAAUAAUAAUAAUAACAAUGAUAACAAUAUUGUUUCUAAUAGAGUGAUAAAUGUUCAUGAUUUUAGAAUAAAAUCAGGAUUUACCACUACUACUAGUAAUACUACUACUACCACUACUAGUAAUACUACUAGUAAUUAUAAUAAUAAUAAUAAUAAUCCAAUUUUACAAGAUAUAAUUGAUGGAUUAUUAUCAAAUUCAUUUAAUUUACAAUUAUCUUCAUUAUUAGAAAUACUAUCAAAACCAAUUUUGAAUUUAACUUUAUCCUUAACUUUAACUUUAAUUGAUAUAAUUAUUGAAUAUGUAUUACCAUUGAUUGAUUCAAAUAAUAAAUUGAUUAAAUGGUUAUCAUCGAAAAUAAUAUUUGAUAUAAUACAAAUGAGAAACUUAUCAAAAGAAGAACAAGAACAAGAACAAGAACAAGAACAAGAAGAACAAGAGGAAGAGGAAAGAUUGGGAUAUAAUUUUGAUGGUAUUGAUCAAAAUAAAUUAAAUGAUAUUGAAAAAAAUUUAAAUUUAGAUUUAAAAAAUAUUGAAGAAUUGAAAAUUAUGAUUAAUCAAAUACCAAAAAUUUAUCGAUCAAAGGUCAAUGAAUUAUUAAACAAACAACAACAACAACAACAAGAAAAAGAAGAAAAAGAAGAAGAUCUAGAAUUUAAAUAA